AUGCCCUCGCCGUUGGUCUCAGUUUCCAUUCAAUCUUUCUUCAUUACGCUUUGCUCAUGCUUCAUUGCCCACUAUCUGAAUCCCGGGGAUCCCCCCCAUUACUUCUCACUCCUUGUCUAUGGAUUGCUCGCCACGUCUCCAAACUUUCUUUGGCAGCAGAAAAUAGAACAAAUCUUUCCAUCCUACAAACUGAAGAAGGUCAAGGUUGACGAGGGAGGCAACGGCGCUGAAGUGGAGAAAAAAUUGAGUGCGAAAAACACCUUAAUUAAGGUCGUGCUAGAUCAGACUGUGGCUGCCCUUCCGAACGUUGUUGGUUACAUUGGAGUCACUCGUUUAUUAAGAGGUGUCCCUCCAAAGAUGUGUUGGGCUGCUGUAAAGGAGGUGGGUCCUGCUCUAGUACUGACAAUCUGGUGGUUCAAUGGUGGGAGACAAGAAUUGGAUGAGGUCAAACUGAAUGCUGCCGGGCUAGGAAAAGGCCUGUUGACCGAGAGACGGAUGCACAAUUACCAAUUCUACCCUGUUACGAAUCCCAAAAUCCAUUUCAUGGGCCGCUGGACGGCAACACCAAAUCACUUGCGCAAAGACGGUACAUUUCCGGGUGUAUAUUUUGACAUCGUGGUAAAGAACACAACUUCGCUCUUUAUCGCGCUUCACAAUGCCCCUGUUGGACCUACGUCGAACUCAGCGACCUCAACUGCUGCGCAAACAUCACCAACCAUCUACAAAGCUCCGGACCAUCUCUCAUUUCACCCUUUAGCUGCAAAUCAGGCGCCAUCUCCACCAGUAUCCCUCCUAGCUCGUAUUGAUGACGCUGAGUAUGUAAUCCUAUCCAAUGCAUCUAAGCUCGUGACUGUUUCUUUCAACACUCUUUCUCGACAUCAUGAGCACCAUAUCCGUAUAGUAGCACCAAUGAUCGAUGACGGUGGGCGCGGGAUUGUGGAGUUGGAAGGUCUUUGGCUCAGUAAAGGUGGCUUCUUGAUCAAGGUCGCUGGAUCGAUGUUGGACGAUGUCUACAUUGAUGAAGACAUACUGCGACCCGAGAAUUCUAAUGUUGGGGAAAAGCAUAGAGCUGGGCUCAGUGAGCUUGAAAAUGACGGGACGAAUCGACUUAAGCAUUUCCAUCAAACUCACGAAAUCGAAUCAGAUCUCGUGGUCGCCAACCAAGAUAGGAAGAAGAUAUUGGAGGUUGUGACCGAUUUCCCUGGCUCCUCCGCCCGCACAGGAGCAACAGAAAGGUUGCUGGCUGGCGUAACAGGAUGGGAGUAUCUACUUGGAGAGAUGUUCAAGGCAGAUCACGUUGGUAUCUGGGUGGACGGUAUGUGUUUGAUUCAAGAAUGCAUUGGAGGCAACGGCUUCCCAGUAGGGGUUGGUGAUGUGUUCUUUCGCAGUGGACCAUAUAGCACCGAAUACUUUAAACUUCCUUGGAUGUUUACAAGCUACAUUCCAGACGUAUUAGUACGUACAAAGUCUCCCUUUGUAGGCUUUACGGUCGAUGCUCAUCAUUCACAGGUUAUUAAUCUUGGCGAGUCCGAUCAUUUCUCAUUCAAAAGAUAUCAGGCCGAAUACAAUCAAACUAUGUGGCAGCUAUCGGAGUCCUUUGAAAAUACUUAUAUUUCUUUGGUCCAGGGAAUCCGAAGGUUAGGCUACGAGAGACAUCCAGCCAUAGUUCUGAGCGAGCGACUAGGCUUCCCUGGAGUUAUUCCUCAUAAUGUACCGGCCUCGGUACCCAUAUUUAUCAUGCGUCCCCUGACUGGGCGCCUUGAGCACGCAACACAAAACAUAGUCAACAGACUUAGAGCGCACGGAGACCGAUCAGUCUUCUGGGUAGAUACUUCUGGCUGGCUCGAUUCGGACGUGACCCACGAAGUUGCAGGGGACUUGUACCUCGAUGAAAGCUUGGACCCGGCACGAAUGCGACUGACGGAGCUCGGAAAUCAACGCGUAGCAAUGUUCCUACACGCUCACGUUUGCCAGCACCUUGCGUCUGUUGGAGACGAAUGCGCGUUCCUCCCGCAGGAGGUCUACCAGGGCACAGCGUACGACCAAGAAGAGGCUAAUUUUAAUCGAUACCUAGAGGCUGAGAAGGAACAAAGACUACGAGAGUUGUUCUGGUUGACUGGACAGCAAGAAAAAAAGGAGAGCGAAGCAUCGGCGGCAGAUAUCCGCUCAAUGUGA